AUGAGUAGUAUAUUAGGUACACCUUCCAAAGAAUUUAAUCGAAAUAAAUUUAGAGAUCUUUUUUAUAAGGCCAAAUCCCGCAAAGAACUCCAACCAGCUUUAACCUAUUUAUUAGGAUACUUUGCAUGUGGAGAAACCGGUGUUUUUAAAUGGGUUCCUUCUCUUAAGACCUUCAAGCAUUUUAAUAAAAAGGAUGCAUGUGAGUCUUUUAUCCAGAAUGAAACAGCAGAAUUUGAUCAUGGCGAUUGGGUAGAAAAGUUUAAUAUACAAAACUGGUUCUUUAAGGAAACGCCUAUCUUCAUUAUUGACGUUAAUCCAACUAAACCACUAACUUAUCAACAUCCAAUAUAUGAAGAAUUUAUUAUUAAUAAUUUUCCGGGAUUUCUUCAUUCCAACCCACCUCCAUUCCAUCAAUUUAGCAAAGAAAUUCGUAAUCAGGUAAAUUUAAUUCUUAACCAUAUGAAAGAAGUUCUCUGUUCAUCAGUUAAAGAGCAAGAACUCUAUAUGAUGGGAUUAGUUCUACGAAUAGCAAUUGGCCAGAAAAUGCAAAAAUCAAUGUUCCUUUAUUCUGGUCCAGGAACAGGUAAAACAAUGCUUACAUGGUUCCUCCGAGUAAUGGUCCUUGGCUCAAAGAUUACUAUGAAAACUGCUAAUGAAAGAAUUAUUACAGGACAAUUUAACAAAGAAUUAGAAGGUAGGGUUUUAUUAGUUCUUGAAGAAAUGUCUAACUCAAAAUCCACUGAUUGGAUUACUUUUGCAAAUCGGCUCAAAGACUUUAUUGAUAGUGAUACUUUGAUGAUAGAAGAAAAGCAUAAGACUCGAUAUACAGUUACUAAUAUUACAAAUUUAAUUAUUAACAGUAAUAAUAGUAAAACAAUUCGUCUAGAUAAAAAUGACCGAAGAUAUUUCAUUCCAGAUAUCUCGGAAAAGUAUGUUGAAAAUGGAAUUGGAAUGGAUCAUUAUUAUGCCCCACUGGAUAAAGCUAUAAAAAAUCCAGAAGUUGGAAAAGCUUUCUAUUCUUAUGCAUUGGAAUAUGUUAAACUUAAUCCAGAUUUUGAUGAACGCAAAAUUCCAAUGAGUAAAACUAAGCUAAUGAUGACAAGCAGGGAUAUUAACCCAAUUCAUGAGUUUAUAAAGCAGGAAUAUUUAUGCAAGUCUUUGGGUCUUGAUUUGUCUUCUGCAUACCUUUAUAAUACAUAUAAAAACUGGUUUCGGGAAAUGUUUGGCAUCAAAAAAAGACCACCUAUUGUGCAGGAAUUUACUCAUGCAAUGGUAGGUCUAGGGGUAAAACCUAAGUCAAAAAGAGUAGGAGAUCGAAAAGCCAAUAAAAAGAUGCAAUGGUAUUCAGCUUCAUAUAAUGAUCUUUAUACCAUAUUCCAGAAAAAGAAUAUGAUUGAUGAAGCCGAAAAUAUCAAUGAACCAGAGGGAUACCAACAUACAGAGAGUAUAGGAUUAUCAUUGAAAUCCCCUGAAAUUUUCCCAUCAGAAGAAGCCCCUCCUACUAAUUCUACUAAUUCAAUUCCAGAGACUGGUGAUUCGGAAUUUGAUGAAGAA